CCCGGCUCCGACCAGCUCGGCUCUUUUGUUCUGCAGCGGCCGGGCGGCGAGAGGUUUCCCACCGGACGCUCAUCUCCCCACCCACCGCCGGCCCAUUGAAACCUUCAGUUGCCGCAGAUCACAAUGCAAAACAGCGAUGUCCCUGUAGCUGAACGCGCUCUUGUUCCUGGUGCCCAAUGGAGCCAUCUCACAGGUGGCAUGUCGACAGGGGUGAUGGGCAUCCAGCGGAGCUGCAGGCAAAGGCUCGGGUGCUGGUGCCAGGCGGGAGUAAUUGGCCAAGAGCGGAAAACCAUGGCAGCGUCGGGCUUGAAAACCAGGUGAUAGAAACCUGCCCCCCAGUUCCUUGGGCUCACUAUAUGCAGACCCCACUCAGCAAUGACGGCCCCCAGAACCACAUGGCCUUAGAGGACAGGCCUUCUCAUCCUGAGAUCUACAGCAUUGCCCUGUGGGGGCCCAAACUGCAUUCGGCGCUGACCAAGCACAGAGGGGGGCGGUCCAAUGCACAGGCCUCCCCUCCGGUCUCCAAGCAUCUGGAUCCACCAGGAGAGGGAGACGCCGCAGACGAAGGGUCCAUGGUCUUGAUUGAUGCUGAAGGGGUGCCUCACACUGUGUCACGCCAAGAGGUGGAGCAGGCUGGACAGAUGCAAUCCUCUGAGCCCGAGCUGUUGGCCUCCGCCCCUCCACCCCGGCAGCUGUACUUCUGCCCCAUUUGCCUACGGACGUUCCUGUACCAGUCGGACCUGGAGCGCCACAGCAUCACCCACUCAGAGAGCAAGCCGUACGUGUGCCGCGAGUGCGGCAAGGCUUUCAAGCGCUCCUCGCACCUUCAGAGGCAUAAGCACAUACACACUGGCGAACGGCCCUUCAGUUGCCCAGUCUGCCGCAAGGGCUUCCGGGAAUCCGGGGAGCUCCUGCGCCACCAGCGAGUCCACACCGGGGAGAAGCCGUACCAGUGCCAGAUCUGCCGGUUGCGCUUCACGGAGCGUAACACCCUCCGCCGACAUGCCAAGCGCAAGCAUGCCCGUGAGACCUACUACCAGCGCUCCGUCGAGGAGGGAGGCGGCAGCUGGACGACGGCAGGAGACUGGGAAUCGGAAGUGGUGGCAGGAAGCAGUGACUGGGGGCCGGAGGAACUUGGGAGUGGCUGGACCAAUGAAUCGGUGGAGGACUGGGUCGGGGAUGGGAGCCACUGGGGAGAAGCUGCAGAAGGUGGGGCAGGAAGCACUCCGGUAGCUAUGUCACAGAUACCAGAGACAGAACACAGCAAGGACAAAGACAAGCCUGGGAUCCAGCCCCCAUAAAUAUGCAAAGACUUGGGGGCACCAGGGACUGGGACAUGAACUCUGUCCUGCAACUGUCUAAAAGGAUUUAAACCUCUGUAACUGCAUUGAGACUUUUCCCGCCCCCUCAAGCGAGGGCAUGAGACUGAGGAUAGGACCGUUUCCUAUAAUAUGAUGGCCUUUGAAGUAUCAAUGGGUGGGCAUCACCAAAGACUGGAGAAUGCUACUGGUGGACAGGGAAACAUGACUGUCCCCUCCUAUCAUGACAUCUGGAGCUGUUGAGGGAUUGGAGAAACAGUGUUAUGUGUUAAACUCUGUAGCAGAGUAGAGCAAAUGAAACUGGGGGAUUUGCUGUUUCUUGUUGUUUCCCAGAGGAAUGGCCACUAGGUGAUGUGUGCUCCUCUCCCGGUUGUACCAAACAAAAUGCCAAUACACGUUGGUCCUCUGUAAGAUUAUUUGCCCCCAUUCUGAGUUGCUUUCUUGGCUCCUCCAUGCAGUGGGGCAUUUUCAAGUUUGCAAACUCUUCAAUGAAUUAACAUAUGCAAAAGAGCAGUUGUCUCCUUUCCCACCCUUCCCCUUUCUUCCCCUGCCCCAAUCUUUCUGAAAAGUGUGAUCUAAGGUUUGGAGAUCUCUCCCUCAGCCCAUAAUGUGCGUGCUUGAGUCUAGAGUUUGAGGGAAUGGGAAAAUCUGGGUACAUGUGGAGUUCUAUGUCUUUGUGUAUAUGUGUGUGCACUUCUCAAUAGGUGUGAGGCAAAAUCCUAAUGUGUAGGCAGAGAUCCAAUUUGAAUACGUGUCUGGAAGUGAAGGACUGAAAGGAAGGACAAGGGGAAGGACAACAGGCACCAAUCCCUCCCUUCUACACUGUGCAGCUUUCUCUCCUGUUUCUCCCUCUCAACAUCCAGAGAUGAUGUGCGCUUAAUACCUCAGUCCUAAGCACAUAUACUUACAAGUAAAUUGCAUUCAAAUCAGCCAGAAUUACUUUUAAAUAAAUGUGUUUAGGGCUGAGGUGUUAGGCCACCAUCUGGUCCAGAGUGCCACAUGAAGCAAGAUCUUGACAAAGAAUGAGCAGGGCAUAUGUGCCGGUGCUUACCACUGUACCACAAAAGUUAACUCGUGCUUUCUCUGGAUAAAGUCUUGAAACAUCAAUGUUUUGUGAAAAGUGCUGAAAAUUCUGUGAGGAAUCUCAAACCCCUUCACAGAACUACAUUUCCCACUACUUGUAGUUGAGCCAUGUGAAUUAAUCUGGUUUUUUGUCUCUAGCAAAAGGCUUCCCAAUAACCAAAGGGUUCUCAAAGCCAAACAAGCAAUGGUGUGGUCAUCAGAGCAAUAGAGUCAGCUUCUCAUCUACAAUUUCCCCCCUAGCAAAUUAAAAGAAGCGGGAGGCAGCAAGAUUACAUAAACUCACAAUGUUCUCUUUAGGAAAGAACAUGGCAUCUUUCAGCAGAGGCCCCACCAACCUUAGUUUACUUCCAACCAGCUGCCAGCUGCCUGCCUUCUUACAUACAAGCAGCCUGGGGUGGCUGUGCCUAUAGGAGCUUCCUCCUCCUUAGUCUCUGUGUUGCCCCUUGUAGAACUCACCAGGGGAAAGGAAUAGGGACUAAAUUAGAAUUAUUUGGCUCUGUCUCUCAUUGGCUCUGGCUCCAUCUACUUUUGGGCUCUCUGCUUUCUGCUGCACCAGUUCCAGGGUGCAACAGUCGCCACUGGCUGUUUUAAAAGGUCUCAAACGGAGCUAGCCCUACCAUUAGGCAGAGUGCAGCAGCAGAUUAUGGGGGGAUGGAGUGGCAGUGAAGUGUUGGAGGUCACAUCUGUGUGUGGCAUACAACCUGCUCUGCACCUUCUAAACUAGCCUGCUGACCUCUAGCAUUGUGGAGGCUGCUGUCCCGUUAGUUGCCAGUCCUCUUAGUUUCUGCACAUGGAAUGAGAGGAGGCGCCAUCUUGUCCUUCACCUCUGGCAGCAAAUUGCCUUGGGUUGGACAGUGUCCCAAUCAGGAUAUAUUUGGAGGGAAGCAAAGGGGGAAUUUGAGCUUUGGCAAUGUCUGUCUUACAUUUUGAAGGUAACUUCCCUAACCAAACACAAGGCAUCCCUUACAGGGCAGAACACAUAGGAGGAAGAGUGUGAGAGAGCAUGCUGCAGAUAGAGAGAAAUCAGCACGGUGAUUCUCCAUUAUUUCUGUUAAAAGGUGUAGGCUUUUGAUACAAGAAAUGGUUAGAAUCCAAAAAGCGGCAAUGUGCAGAAUUGAGACCACAAUGUGCAGAAUUGAGACCACACUGUAAUAUUACUGUGACCCAGAGUUUUAUAAUUAUUUUGCAUAUAUUUGACAUGGGAUACAUCAUGCCAAUGAGGGUUGGAUAUCUUCUCCUGUCUUUAUGCUGUUGCACUUGAUCUGAACUGAGAUUUGCCCAGGUGCGUGAUUGCACAAGCAUUCAAUGACCUGCUUACAAGGUCACAUCCUCGUACUCUGUGUUACGUCAAUAUGAAAAUAGCUAACAUUCCCUUUUUUCCUUUCUCACAAUCAUAACUGCAGAUUGGGUCUCCCAUUUCAUUUAUGGCCUUGCCUUGAACAUGCUGCUUUCUUGCAAUCCCUUUCCUAAGCAAAGUUCUUAUUACACAAGUAACAAGCAGUGUGGGAGCAGCAGUGUGGAGAAAUUGUUGGCUGCUAAGUCACAACCUAUGAAUGCACAGUGGCUCCCCAUAUGGAUCUGCCACUAUCAAGUGGUUUUCUUCAUGGCACUGCAAAAUAUUCCCACCAGUGGUUUACAGCAGCUCAGAGAGAAAACAAGAGUGGAGGUCCAGUCUGCAAGGUGAGCCACUGCUCACUGUUAAUGACAUAAAGCAAUUCCCUUACGGAUUCAGUUUCAAGUGGUGUGUCUAAUAAGGUGUCUGUCCAAGCUGAUUCUAAAUGAGAACUUUAUGAACAUCCUCAUGGCAGUUGGAGAAACCAGGGUUGGUUGUAGUCGCUCCAUGCUUCUGAAAAUGAUUUGGACCCCCACCUUUCUAAAUUGCAGAUGAUAAGAGGUGACAUGGGUUGAACAGUCUGCAUGAGAUAAGGAGAUACGAGAGCACUCAGAAAUUCAUUUUUAUAGAUACCACUGCUUGCACCUCCAGAAUUUCUCUUGCAGCCUAAUUUCCUGUAUCAAAAGCCAAACAGGGAGCAGAGAAGGCUUCAUUACAAGUGUUUGUGUGUGUGUGUGUGUGUGUGUGUCAGAGAGAGAGAGAGAGAGAAGACAGAAGCUGGGAUAACUCAAUCAGUAGAUAAUCUCAGGGUCAUGGGUUCGAGCUCCAUGUUGGGCAAAAGAUUCCUGCAUUGCAGGGGGUUGGACUAGAUGGUCCUUGUGGUCCCUUCCAGCCCUACAAUUCUAUAAUUCUAUGAAAUGAGUGGAAGAGAGGGUGCAUGUAUGUGUGAGAGUUCCUUUUUUCAGCAGAAUGGCAAAUUAAAACUAGCAAUGUGACCAUCCCUACUCUAUUAGUCACGCCUUUUUAAGCUUUAAAAAGGGAAGCCAAUAUUUAAAAUCUUGCUCAUGCUAGCUGUGCUGUUAUCAAGGUCGUUUCUAUUUUCUAUAGACAACACUACAAGAGACGGGGGAAGAAUGUGCAAACACCCGCCCUGACAAUAAUAAUAAUCUCGUCCUCCCUUCCACUGAUGAGGCCACUCAAAAUUGCAGCUGGUGGAUAAUCAAGCAAACUUUGUUUUCCAUUUUGCCCCCUGAAACAUAUGAGAGCCCACCCACUUAAAGCCCUUUCCCACAGCUAAUUUCCUCCCUCUAGCACCACCAGAGAUGAAGACAGUGUGUUCUAGGUCUGAAACCUGACUAGCAUUGUAAAAUAUGGCGCCGUUUCGUGGAGGCCUUGCUGCCCAUCCAACAAGAUUGCCUCUCUUCCCAUCAAAGGCUCUCCCUCUCCCUCCCUCCCCAAACUGCAUGUGAGCUGGAGGAAUGGAGCCAAGCUUUUGCCUUGAACUACCUCCAGGGCUGUCUUGUAUGCCCAGGCCUCCAAGUUAUCUUUGUUGCCAUGGAGACCACCUUGAGCGCACAGUUGGGUUGUUACAAGCAGAAUCUUUGUUAAGAAGGGCCUCAAGGCCUUGGCUGUCUGCAGAAGGAUUAAAUGGAAACACACUAUCGCAUCCCUGUUUUCCUUUUUAGCCACAGGGAUAUGAAGCUCUUAAAAAAGAGAAACAAAAUUAUGGAAGACGGGAUUUGGGAUUCUCUCAGUGUAAUACGCCAUGUCAGUGUUAUGUUUACGCCAGCUGGAUUUUUCUCCCCCAUGGGAGAUAGCCCGAGAUAUCUGUUAAACCACUGGUCCAGUCCACGCCACAUGGUUGGUGCUGGUUUGGAUUCUUUGGGGUUUUUUGUUUUGGGAAGCUAAUGCCACAUUUAAAAGAUAGACAAAUGGCCCUCCGGUGUUCCCUGUGAGGAUGGAACUGACACCACGAGGACAUUUAUCCAUACAACAUUGUUGCUCAAAAUGGCAGGCUGGCGGGGCUGCUUGGGAGGAGGUUUGUUCACAAACACCCCAGCCUACUAUCUUAUUUAAUGGCGCUGUGUUUGAGGUAAAGUGAUAUGGAAGUUCUGUCUGUGGUGGUUUGGCUCACUGAUUCACACACAUGCAGAGUUGAUGCUCCAGUGCUCAAAUGAUAAAUAUUGACAUGUGUCAACCACGCCUUAAAGAGAAAAGAGUCUUAAGAGCUGUAGGUGAGGUUAUCUGUACCUUUUGUACUCUCUCUAUGCCCCUCCUCCAACCACACGCACAACAAAAUCCAAAGAGAACCAUUCAAAUUAGAGGUCUUUAAAACCUAAAGGUUCUGUUCUGUCCCUUCUUAUACAUUUAUUGUAUUUAUAACUGUAUUUUUAUUUAUGAAAUUAUGUAAGCUGCCUUGGGGGCCCAGUUUGGGGACUGAAC